AUGGCCACUUGGGCAUACCCCCCACUGCCUGCAGAGCAGAUCAACCGGGAAGCCGAUGCUGCGCUGGCUCGUGAGCUAGAGUGGCUCUUGCAUUCCCUCCAGGACUCGCUGGCUUCAUUAAAAGAAGGACUGACAGAAUGCGCCGCCCUGUUAGCGCCCCAGGAACCGGGAUCAACCUUGGUGGUGUCCUCCGUACGGUCGGAGCAGGUGAAAGGCUUCGUGACGAGAGUCGGCACUAAGGUGGUGAAGGGGGAUGUCCAGCUGCGCCUCGCAUCACUCCCGCCGACUCGGGGCGCUCCCAGCACCCGCUUGAACCUAUCCCAGGCCCCCGGGGCCCCGGAAAUGGUACUUCGCCAGCUCGUGUCGGUCCGCGAUCUCGUCGCCCAAAGCCUGGAUAUCGUCGAUGUCAGCACGUGGACGGGUGACCCCCUCAACGCUGGUUUCAUUUUCAGUCAGCUGCAUCUCCUGCUCGAGACCAUCAGCGAGGCGCGACAGAUGCUCAAAGGCGAAGGGGAUGAGACACGCGGCAAAUGGUGGGAUACGAGCGCGACGGAUCAGAUGUUCGACCCUCCACUUCCACCACACCUAUCGUUCCAUCUCUCUAUCACAGACUCCGCCCUGGUGCUCGUGCUGAGAACGCUGGAGUCCACUUCACUCACCCACACGCCCACUCCGUUUGCCUCGGACAUUUCCCUCACUGGGUUCUCAAUCCGAGAUCGAAUCUUCGGUUCGCGGGCGCCAACCCACGAUGAAGCCGGUCUCUCAUUCCAAUGGCAGGGGGACGAGGUACGUGUGAAAGAAAAGGUACGUGUAGAGAGCCAGGAUCCUAGUCUGAUGGCGGUCAUGGCGAAACUCACCGCGCUUGAGCAUGAGGUCAUGCGAUGCGUGGAUGCACUCAAUAUUCUCAUGGGUCAUGAGGACACUGAGAGUGAGGCAUGA